AUGGCUCGACGUCUAACGCAGCUGGAACAAGUUUUGCUGUCCAUGAACAAUGCGAACGCGCCUGGCAACAGUGUCAACAUCCCUUACACGAACCAGCAGAACAAAAUCAAGGAUAUGGUUGACAUGGUUGAUGUGACUAACCCAGUCAACACCAGGAGUCCCACACUCAUACCACCAGCUUCAGCUUCUGGUUCACUGGUCGCAGGUCUACAAGAGGGGCCUGGCCCAUUCAACGACCUCGACAAGAUGAUGGUUCCUGUCCCUGGGCCUGGCCCGCCACCACGCUCACACAGACUUAGUUUUGUGGAUGGUGCAAGCCGGGCGCAUGUCGACUGUGAUGAACAGUUUAUUAUGAAUACGUUCCCAUCACCAAGCACAAUUUCGAGUGGCCCAGGUCAUCCAAUGGAGCUAAACGGCUUUGAACACGACCACACGAAACUCUCGAAUACCUAUCAGGGAACGAUGCUAGGAUCUGGAAAUACACAUCGUGAAAGGCAGAAGUUUGCAAGCAGGAGCGACGAAGAUUUGCAUCAUGUCAGCGAAGGAGAAGAAGUUUGCUUCCGUGAUUUGGCAAACUGGGAGUAUCAUGGACCAAGGUCUUACCUUUCCAUAUGUUCGAAGCCGGGUAUCCAUUGGGUAUCAUCGAAGACGGGCACCGAUACAUUUCAAGACUCUGCUUUCAGGUUGACAAAGGAGGUCACACGAAGCCUGAAGCUCGAGAGUGGAUUGACCAAGGAGAAAGUCGCUGAACCAACUGUCGAAGCUGCUCAAAGAUAUGUCAAAGCUUAUUUCGAGUUCGCCGCCGAAGCACCGUUCGGAUUGAUGGAUCAGGCGAGAUUCGAGAGCCGACUUCAAGCUCACUUUGCUGGAGCACUCAAUGAUGAUGACCCUGCUUGGUUUGCUCUGCGCAACACGAUCUAUGCGGCUGGAGCACGAAUCGAGCUUUCGAGGGCCGGAAGCUAUCGACACGCUUGUGAGGUGGCAUGGACGUAUUUUGCCAACGCACUUCUUGUCCACACUGAGCUAUUGUAUUUCCGAACGUCGCUAUCAUCUAUCCAGGCACUGGCCGUCAUGGCAUACUUUACAGACAGCAUGGGAAAUCCUUGCCUCGAGUAUAUGCUGUCCACCGUCGCACUGAGAUCAGCAUGCUCCAAGGGGCUGCAUCGACGGCCGGCGUCUUCUUGGAACAUGAGUCCAUACGAGCAAAGGUACCGAAACCGGUUAUUUUGGGCACUUUACUGCCUCGAAAAGGGGGCAUCUGGUUGUUCGGGGCGGCCGUCGAUGCUCAUGGAUGAAGACAUCAACUGCGAAUGGCCCGUGGCCGAACCUGGAAGCAACUCGGUCAAUGAGACUUAUUGCUCAAUCCUGAUCAGGCUGGCACAAAUGUCAUCUACAGUCACGAGAAGACUUUCCAACAUCGACUCAUCUCAACAACCUCAGCCUGCUCAAGACCUAGCAUCGACAGUCGCAGAGCUUGACGCCGAGAACCGGCGCCUGGGCGAGCUUCUCCAGCCAUAUCUGUCUCUCGAUAAACCGGCCAGCCUUCCCACGCCUGACGGAGAGUUGACGGUGCAACAGGCAGUCUAUAUCCGAUUGUACUACUACAACAUCACGUUGGACAUUCACACCAUCCUCUCGAACCCGUGGUCCCGCGCUGCUUUCAAUCUGAGAGACCACCCUGCUUCGCGACUUCAGAUGGAAAAGUCUGUUCAAACGGUGGCCACGACGGCGAGAAACGCCAUCCUGGCAUCGCAGUACAUCCACAUUGACGCCUGCACUCCGCUCUUACUAUCAUUCUACGGCCCUCUCUACGCCCUGAUUAAUCUCUUCAUCCAAAUCCUCGAGCGCAUAAAGCACCCUUCACUCCAGACCCAGUCCGAUCUCGCUCUGAUGGAUAUCGGCGCCGCACACUUCUCCCGCGUGCAGUUCGCUACAGAGGUGUACAUUCCUUUCGCAAAGGACAUUGCUGCUCUCGCGCGGACCGCUGUCAGACGCCACAACUCGGACCUUCUGACACAGACCCAAACACAGACACAACCAGUCCAUCCUGCAACUGCGUCUGCGACUGUAAAUCCAGGACCUUAUGCGAAAAAGUCUGCAAUGGGAAUGGGAAUGCAGGCUACUGCUAGUGCAUCGGACACAUCGACGUUGAUCGGUGUUGCUGAAGUUGACGAAUGCCGAGACAAUGGCGAUGGCAAUGCAAUCACUGGAGAUGCAUCGAAUCUAUUUGACAUGGAGCUGGACAACUGGAGCACAUUCCUCCCGCCGCCUGGUUCUGCCGACGACGAGUUUUUGGAUUUUCUGGGACAAUAG